AUGGCGGCGCAACGACCGCUUCCUGACAUCGCACCAGAGGAAGUCAUCGCACGGUUACGAGACGAGAUUGCACAGGAUACCACCCUCAAGUCCAAGGAUCCAACAGCCGUCGAAAAGGAGCUUCGGAGCAAGAUCUCAGCAUACCACAUGGAGAUCUUCACUCGAACGCAAAACGAGACGACGAAGCGCUGGACCUACGAACAGGAGAUUAAGCGUCCUUACUAUCACGUGACUGACCUUGACGAUGCACAAAUUGUAAACUGGAGAAAGUACCUGGACUUCGAGGAGAUGGAGGGCGACUACACACGAACAAAGUUCCUCUACGAGAGGUGUCUUGUGACGUGUGCCAAUUACGAUGAGUUCUGGUAUCGAUAUGCCAGGUGGACCAUGGGUCAAGCAGACAAGUCGAAAGUGAUCUUGGACGAGGAAGUGCGGAACAUCUAUCGCCGUGCAAGCUGUACCUACGUCACGAUCACACAACCCGAGAUCCGCCUGCACUAUGCGAGGUUUGAGGAGUCGCUUGGCAAAGCUGACACUGCCAUUGCCAUUCACGAGGCAAUCCUGCAGCAUCUCCCAAGUCACCUCGAGACCAUUGUGUCGCUAGCCAACACACAUCGCCGCCAGUACGGCCUGCAGCCAGCCAUAGAUGUGCUUAAGAACCACAUCAGCAACUCGAGCUUGACACCAGUUCGAGGUUCGCUAAUCGUUGAGCAGGCUCGCCUUAUCUGGAAGGUGAAAGGAAACGCCGAUGAAGCUCGCAACGUCUUCAAAUCCAGUCGACAGCCCGAUAGCAAGGCUUUCUGGGCCGGCUGGCUGGACUUUGAGAUCGCGCAGCCAACAUCGGAAAAGACUGAAUCGGCUACGUAUGAGUGUAUUAAGGCGGUGUACCAGGAUAUUCGAAAGUCUUUGCUGCGGUCGAAGGAUAUUCGCGAACUCGCAUCACGCUACUUGGCUUACUUGGACGGACGUGGAGGCAAGGAGGCAAUGGCAGAAUGGACGGAGAUCGACAAGGAGAUCAAUGGCCCCAUCAGCAUCUCCAACACAAGUGCUGCGACCUCGAAAGCUACGCUCGAAAAUGGACCCAAGGCGAGGUAA